AUUUUUCAGUGAGCAGAGGAGAGAAACUAUAACUGGAUCACCAUGAUCGCAAAGAUUUGUGUCGUCCUUCUUCUGUUUGUUGCCUCUGGCAACACGGUCACAACCACCACGGCUCCACUGGAUAACACCACAGCUCCACUGGAUAACACCACGGCUCCACUGGAUAACACCACGGCUCCACUGGAUAACACCACGGCUCCACUGGAUAACACCACGGCUCCAUUGGAUAACACCACGGCUCCACUGGAUACCACCGCGGCUCCAUUGGAUAACACCACGGCUCCACUGGAUAACACCACAGCUCCACUGGAUAACACCACGGCUCCACUGGAUAACACCACGGCUCCACUGGAUAACACCACAGCUCCACUGGAUAACACCACAGCUCCACUGGAUAACACCACGGCUCCACUGGAUAACACCACAGCUCCACUGGAUAACACCACAGCUCCACUGGAUAACACCACGGCUCCAUUGGAUAACACCACGGCUCCACUGGAUACCACCGCGGCUCCAUUGGAUAACACCACGGCUCCACUGGAUAACACCACAGCUCCAUUGGAUAACACCACGGCUCCACUGGAUACCACCGCGGCUCCAUUGGAUAACACCACGGCUCCACUGGAUAACACCACGGCUCCAUUGGAUAACACCACGGCUCCACUGGAUACCACCGCGGCUCCAUUGGAUAACACCACGGCUCCACUGGAUAACACCACAGCUCCACUGGAUAACACCACGGCUCCACUGGAUAACACCACGGCUCCACUGGAUAACACCACAGCUCCACUGGAUAACACCACAGCUCCACUGGAUAACACCACGGCUCCACUGGAUAACACCACAGCUCCACUGGAUAACACCACGGCUCCACUGGAUAGCACCACGGCUCCACUGGAUAACACCACAGCUCCACUGGAUAACACCACGGCUCCACUGGAUAGCACCACGGCUCCACUGGAUAACACCACAGCUCCACUGGAUAACACCACAGCUCCACUGGAUAACACCACGGCUCCACUGGAUAACACCACAGCUCCACUGGAUAACACCACGGCUCCACUGGAUAGCACCACGGCUCCACUGGAUAACACCACGGCUCCACUGGAUAGCACCACGGCUCCACCCACAACCACUGCCACCUCCUCCGCCCUCAUCAACAAAAUCGGUCUCAUUUCGGUUGUUGUGGCUGUGAUGACACACGUACUUCACUCAAGGUGUUAAGUGCAGUUCCUAUCUUGUUAAUUAGCGGUUAAAAAAAUAAGACAGGAGGAUUUUAGAUGCCUUAAAAAAGUUAAAAGGCUGAUUUAUUUUCUUGUUUGUGUACGGAUGUUGGGUGGUUUGCGUUUUUACUGUUAAUCCCUGACAUGACGUGUCCCUCCAGGAGGUGUCUUUAAUCAAUAUAAAUCUGUGAUGGGAGGA